ACUACCGCAGUACAGCGCGCUGCUGACCAGUCACCAGUACUGGUCUAGAAGACACUAAGACAGCGCGUUCGGUUGACGGUUGUUCAAUAAACGUUUAUUCUUCUUACAUCGGGUGUUAUUCGUAUUGCCCUCGAAGUGCGAGUGUAUAAAAAUAAUAUUUUAUAAUAGUUGUUCGAUUAAUAUAUUUGUGCACCGACUUUACUGAGUUUUAUUAUAAUACGUAUACAUAAUGGUGACUUCGCGCAUAGCAUUAGAAGGACUUUUGCAAAAUAGACUGACCACAGACAUCUGCAAAGACGCGUUAAGGAUGCAAGGAAAUACAGCGGAAUUGUUUCAUUUAUACGCGGGAAAACAUCACGCAGAUGACACGUCGUCGUCGUCGUGUGGAGCAGAAACCGUGACGAUCAAGCGGGAAGCGCAUACGCCGACGACCGACCAGAGCGAAGAUUCCGGCGUGGACGUGUCGGCGGUGGCCGAUGGCCACGACAGCAGUCGCGGGGCGUUCAAACGAAAACGGUUGGACGAUUCCGACGACGGAGACGGGUGUCCGACCGAAGCCAAGUUCAGCAGGACGGCCGAAGGUGCCGCGACCAGCGUGCUGCGGUCGAUCAACAUGGACACCAGCUGUACGCCGUUCAGGCCGUGGAGCUGCAACGAAGAGUCGUCGUCAGAAGUGGGCCUCCGGUUGUUCCACGACAUACGCAACGUGGACAGGAUACUGACGCUGACGCAACAGCGCCGCGGCGGCGAACAGUCCCCGCGGUUGCCGCCCCCGCCGGAACCACAACCCUUGGAUCUGACCAAAGGCCACCGCGGGACGAGACCGCCAGUCGACUCCGCGACCUCGACCGUGGACGCGGCCGCUGUGGACGACGAAAACGCCACCGCCUGCAGAUACGCCACACCGUCAUCCGCGACGGUCGCAUCGUUCCGCUGCAGUACAGUCGCCGAAACCACUGCGGCCGCAGGCGCAUCGACCGCCACCGGAACGACCACCGUCGCGGCCACCGCCACCGGAUCGACCGCGGCUACCGCGACCACCAGGUACAGCAAAAACAUGUCCAGGGCCCGGAGGAUCGAGGCCAACGCUCGGGAAAGGUCUCGGGUGCACACCAUCAGCGCGGCAUUCGACACGCUCAGGGCCACCAUACCGUCGUACUCCCGAAACCAAAAGCUGUCCAAACUGUCGACGAUCCGGAUCGCCAGUGCUUACAUACUGACGCUGUCCCGACUCCUCGACAUGGACUACAGCGCGGAGCAAGACAGCCCGUCCGUGGCCGAGUGCGUGGACAACGUGACCGGAAUCAUACACAUGGAGGGCAAGGCGAGAAAGAGAAAAGACGAUCAGUAAUUAUAACACUGACAUCGAUGAGGUCUGCAAUAUUACUGUACACAAUAUCGUCAAUAAUAUAUUUUCUCAUAUUAUAAUAUAUAUAUAUUAUUAUUAUAAGCAAUAAAUAUUAAUAUUAUAUUUUUGAUCGUGGUCGGUUAUAAGAUGGUAUUCAAAACGGUCGCCGAGUUUAUCGCACGUAAAAUAUUUCCGUCUACUGUCAAAUCAAAAAAAAUAAAAUAAAAUAACGAAGAUUUCGAUUAGUACCUGUACGUGUAAGACAUUAUAUUUUAAUAUUUUUUUUUUGGAAAUAUUGCUCUUACUUAAUACCUCGUAACAAUUUUCGACCGUCCGUCUUUGUAUGUAUUGUUGACCAUCGUUCGGUCGUAAAGCGUACAAUACAUCUCGAUUUGAGUUCGAAAGCGUUGACGAGGAGGGUUGUACAUAAUAAUCACGACUACUAGUCAAAGCACACGGCGAGAAGACUGCUGCUGGACGAGAAAGAGUGAGAAGAAACGUAUGAUUUAAUAAACAUAUCGUUUUAUUCAUAAUAUA